UAUAGUAAAAAAUACGAAAAACGCGUUGAAUGACUUGUAAAAAAAAAUUUUUUUAUAUAUGUUUCCAUUUGAAAAAAUAACGUUGAAACAUUUAUAAAUCACAAGGGAUGAACAUAAAAAAAUAAUAUUAAUUAAUUGAGAACAAUAUUCAACUAUAAGAACCUAGGAAUUAUUUUUUUCAAAAUUAUUUUUUUUUUAUUUUUAUGAGUAAUUGAACGGUUCAUGAUUCAGAGAUCACCCUGUAUACAAAUAUACAUUCUACAGUAUUAUUACAUAUAUCGCACCCCUAGAUCUAAACUGUUGUAACUCAUAAAACCUCUUUUUUCACAAUUCAAGAAAAACUGAUAUGAAACUUGCAUGCUGUCAUUCAAGUAAACUGUCUUCUAGCGCUUUCUAUUGGAAACUAAACAAGAUAUAGUUACUACAGUUUUAUUCUCAUGUAGGUAAUAGAAUCAGAAAUCCUAAAAUGAACAGUAUAUCAAAAAUCGCAUUUUUGAGUUACAAAAGUUUAGAUCUAGGGGUGCUAUAUCAUAUAUUCAUUGAUCUUAUAAAAUAUGAGAUAGCGUUUUACCCCUCCUCGUGAAUCCAGCGAUAAAUGAUUUUUAAGUCCCCUCUUUUUAAUCUCUAAAUAUAUUAAUGAUUAAUAAUUUUCCUCUCUUAUUAAUAUUUAAUAACUGGAGUAUAGUCGACUGUGUUCUGCAUUGAUGUAGAGUAAUUUUGUUUUCUUAGUCUUCGCUAAACUUUCACCUUCAAGUGUCUAAUAUACUAUCUUCUUAAAUUAUCAGAUAUUUUACUUUAUUGUUUUAUGUAUAUUUAUUAUCACAAAAUUCGAUUAUUAAUAGUAUACCUACUAACAUGAAUAAUAUUAUAAAAGAAACUAGAUUGGAUAACGAAUGUGUGUUAUCUUUUUCAAAAUUAACCCACAACGCUUUCCGACCUUACAAAUCAAGCAAGUACGCUGCUGGAUAUGACUUGCGAAGCGCGUAUACUUAUACAGUCAAAGCGCACGACAAAGAAUUAAUCAAAACCGACAUUCAAAUAAAACUUCCUCGUGGUACAUAUGGACGAAUUGCACCCAGAUCUGGACUAGCGAUGAAAAAUUUUAUUGACGUUGGAGCUGGUGUUAUUGAUGAGGAUUAUAGAGGAAAUGUUAUUAUAGUAUUGAUCAAUCAUUCAGAUCAUAAUUUCAGUAUUAAUCCUGGUGAUAGAGUAGCUCAAUUAAUUUGUGAGAAAAUUGUUUAUCCUGAAUUGAAAGAAAUUAAUAAUCUGGAUGAAACAAAUCGAGGUGAAUGCGGAUUUGGUUCAAGCGGAAUUCAUUAGAUUCCUAAAAUAUUUUUACCUGGACUUUAUUUUUAUUUAUUAUUAUUAAAUUAUAAUUAAUAUAUAUAUAUAUAUGUUUUUUUUUUUUUUUUUUCAAUACGUUUGCUUUAAAAUUAACAAAGUUGACAAAUAAGCUUUAGAUUUAAAAUAAACUCAAUCAUCGAUUGGAUAAG